AUGGACGAAGAUGCCCACCUGACCAGGCUUCCGGCGGAGCUGCUCUUCCACAUCUGCCAGCUGCUGCCGCUGGCCGACCUCUCCCGCAUGAGUGGCGUGUGCCGAUCGCUGCGGGUGGUGGCAAACGCGGACUCUCUGUGGCGGCAGCGCUAUCUGCAGCGCUACUACCAUCCCACUGCCGGUGGCUCUCAACGGACGACGUCGUGGAAGCAGAGGUUCAAGCGAAAUCGGACGCUGGAGCGACGAUGGCGCAAUGGCAGCCACACAUCACAUUCGGUCAAAGGGAGCCACGAUGACACCACCUGGUGCGUCAGCGUGGGCGCCACACUGGCCGCCACCGGCGCGCAGGGCCUCACUGCACUGUGCACCGUCCAGAGCGGGCAGAUAGGCAUCUGGGACGUGAAGCGACGAAAGUGGCGCAAAACGCUGAUGGGCCACACGUCUUUCGUGAGAGCUGUGAAAGUGCUGCAGGACGACUGUCGCCUCCUGAGCGGUGGCGGCGAUUGUGUGAUUCAGGUGUGGAAUCUCGAGGCCGAGAAAGCGAGCGAGCAUUCGGUCGCGCGAUUCCUCACCGGCCAAAGUUCCAAGAUAAUAACUGCCUGGUCUCGGGCUCUGACGACCGCCAACUACGAGUAUCUGGGGGACUGGAUGGGACUGUGCGCUAUUGGAACUGGCAGGGACAACAGCAGGCCUCUGUUCCUGUUGGUACCAGGGGUAGUGCACUUCCUUCUGCUUUCUUUGAUCUUCACCAAACUUACUUCUUCUUGGUAG